GGGGAAAAAAAAAUCCAAAAUAUGCAUUUUUAAAAACAUUCUUGAAAACGUGUCAAGCCGAGAAUUAUCGCUAUCGAUAAUUUUCAUCUGAGGUAUUUGUCACAUUGCAAGUGAAGAACGCAAUAAAGACACAGGAAAAGAUUCAAUAGUAGUAACUACACUAUUUUAAAUAUAAGGCUACGCACAUGUUUUUUCUCUUAAAUAUUCUUAACGAAACAAAUACUUCUUUUGUAACUUAACAUUUUAAAUAUUGCUCCGUGUGGCUGUGUGAAGCGGACCAGACGACGAGGUUCUGAUUCGGACGGAGUUAAACUCUCCGCAUCCACAGCUUCAUUUGCUGCCCCUCAAUAAAUAACCUCCUGGCAAAUGUAGACUUACUGUCUCACAGAUCAAAUGUUCUCUUCUCCUCUUUUCUCGUAUCAAUAAAUUAAACCAUACUUACCUUCCAAGGCUGAUGAGAUUACAGUCACGCACAUCUUUAUUUUGUGGGGGGGAGAGAAGAGCGACAAGCCCUAAAAGUCUGUAAUUAAAAGCAUUAGCACAUCGACGAUCAUGUCGCCAGAUGAGAACAGAGUAUUACUUGAGAAAUAUACACAAAGUCAUAUGAAGGGACGAGACGUUUCUUCAUUUUAGGGCUAUUUUGUAGUUGUUGCUUUAUUUCUCAGUGUCCUGUCUGGCAGCGCACCCUCCUCUCAUGAAUGGAAGAAGAACACAGGCUAUUGUUUUAAAUCUAUAAAAUUCUUUUCUUUUCUUUUCUUUUUUUUUAGGGGGGCAAAAGAAAGUGCACAGCAUCGAUUUUUAGCUUUUCCGGGAACUCCCUUCAGAUUCUUAACACUUGAUAUUUUGGAAGAAGAACUCAGGUGGACACAGUUGUAAAAAAAAAAAAAGAAAAAAGAAAAAAGAAAAAAAAGAGGCAAGCCAAUCAGAUUGCUCCUUCCUCCUUUGGCCAAUGACAGACGCCACAUUGUUGUCAAAUUUGUCUAAUGAAAACGUAGGAGCAACAAUAGAGAGGGGGGGAGAGAGGGAUCUGUAUCCACUGACGAUCUCUGGAGGAAGUUAGUGUCUCAGGCUGCGGCGAGUAACAAGCUCGGCUCCUCCUGGACAGUUUGAACUCUCUGUCGGGGAGGAAUGAUCGCUCCUCUCGCCUCCUGCUCCGCUCGGAUUUAAAGUCGACUGUAUCUUCGCAGUUUUGGCUCCUUCUUCUUCUCCUCACUUACCCCAUCAGAGUUUCGAUCGUAGGUCGUUCUUUUUGUUUUGUUUUGUUUUUUUGCUCGAUCGCCUCGUCAGUAGACAGACACGCCGCCGACUUCACCUGUUGCACAGAGAUGUUGAGAGCAGCUGAGCAGAUGUGAACGUCUCGUCGCUAGUUUGCCCCAAACAGAUCGUUUACUUUGAAAAGAAAACGUGUUCUCGUUCAUAGUUCAGCUUCGUCAGUGAGGAACACGGACAUGGAUCUGAGACCGGAGCUCCCCACAGUCUCCUCUGCCUCGCAGGUUCACCCUUCGGCAGCCUCCAUCCCGGUGUCCAUGGCCAGCAGCCUGCUGCGCGGCCCUCCGCUCAUCCUGCGCGCUGCGGACAAAUACCCGCGCACCCCGAAGUGUGCCCGCUGCAGGAACCACGGCGUGGUGUCCGCGCUCAAAGGCCACAAGCGCUACUGCCGCUGGAAGGACUGUAUGUGCGCCAAGUGCACCCUGAUCGCCGAGAGGCAGCGGGUGAUGGCGGCGCAGGUGGCGCUGCGGCGGCAGCAGGCGCAGGAGGAGAACGAAGCCCGGGAGCUGCAGCUGCUCUACGGCACGGCAGAGGGACUCGCCCUGGCCGCCGCCAACGGCAUCAUCCCGCCGCGGCCCAACUACGAGGUGUUCGGCUCCGUCAGCAGCGAGAGCAACUCAGAUUCAAGUAUCCAGAAGUACGAGAUGUUCCCAAAGAACCAGCUGUCCGGCUCCUCCACCGCGCAGCAGACCGGUGGCAAACCGGCCUCCACCGAAAGUGACUCGGCCCCGGGCAUCUCGUCCCCAGACGGCCGGCACGGAGGCUCGGGCUCAGAGAACGGAGACAGCGAGUCCUUCAUCGGCUCACCCGUGUCCAAGCCUUUAAAAGACGGAGGAGAGACCCCCGGCUCCGUCAGCUCCCUCGGCUCCGAUUCCGGCUCCGAGACCGACAAAGACGAGCAGGAGCCCUCCCCGUCCUCCGCGGCCUCCCGGCACAUGAACGCCAUCGACAUCCUGACCCGGGUGUUCCCGAGCCACAAGCGCAGCGUCCUGGAGCUCGUCCUGCAGGGCUGCGGUAAGGACGUGGUGCAGGCCAUCGAGCAGAUCCUCAACAACAGCGGCGCCCAGGGCUCCAACAAGGCCGCGCCAGAUGAGACGUGGACGGCCGAGAGGAUGCUCCAGGGCGCGCAGCAGCCCCCUCCGUCCUCCGCGUCCACGACCGCCGCGACGAGGCCCAUGUUACCCGGAGCCAUGACGCUCAGCAACCGCUCUGCGUUUUCUCCCCUGCAGCCGAACGCCCCGCACUUCGGCACCGACCCCGGCACCUAUCCCCUGGGCACCCACCUGGGACUGAACCCGCUGCGGCUGGCCUACUCUGCGCACAGCCGGGGACUGGCUUUCAUGACGCCCUACUCCACCACCGGGCUGAUGCCCACCCUGGGCUUCAGACCCCCGAUGGACUACGCCUUUAGCGACCUGAUAAGGGACAGGACAAUGUUACACAAGGAGCAGGGCUACGCCAGCGGCCUGUACGGGCCUCUGGUCAACAACACGCCAGAGAAACAGUGAGGCAGCCGGAGCGACCGCAGAGACACACUCCCGUUGUAUUUGUAGCCACAAGUGUUGAAUAUUCUGGCGAAAAAAAAAAUAAUAAUGUGUGAUGUGUUCUGGCUACAGUCUGCUGUACAUAAUAGGAUUAUCUGGCUUGUAGUCAAAUGGUCUGAGAGGGAGAGAGGGGGAAAAAAAAACAGAACUAAACUCACUUAUGUGUAAUUUUCAAAAAUGAUUUAUAUGUUAAAGUACAUUCCCCCAUCUGAUUAUCCCACCAAUGAAAAUAACGUGAAGCUGAAACAAAGAAGAUAUUUAUACAUUCCAGAGUAAAUCACGACCAAGCUGGGAAAGUUAAAAAAUAAAAAUAAAAAAAUAAAACCCAGCUGCACAAAAAGGGUGAAACAUAUAUUUUGUAUUUUUUUUUUGUAUUAUUUUUUUUUUGUGUGUGCAGGAUUUAACAUUAAAUAA